CGGUCUUCUUCUCCAAUUCGCCCCUUUCCCUGCUUCGCCGUGCGCGUUGUCUUCUCCGGGCAAGCUCGCCGGUGUGCCUUCUCCAACUAAGCUGCACCUCCUGGCAGCGGGAGAAAAAUGGAUCCUCCGCAUCCCCGAUUCAAGGUUCGGAUCGUGAGGAAUCUCGUCAGUCUCGCAUUGGACGUAUCUCCAGAGCUCGCGGACGAUCCCGACCUGCUUGAGCGGGCGGUGCUUCUGAAGGGCGUGACGAGGCACACGAGCCCGAGCGAUCUUGCCAAGUUGUUCAUCCCACUCGAGACGGACGCGGCAGUUGUCCUCCGUGAUUGCGAGACCGGCGACUGCGCCGGCCUGGUGGUGCUCGCCAACCCCGGCGACUGCGAAAAGGCCAUCAAUAUGCAGGUGCCGCGCACGAAGAUCGUGAAGCUGCCGGGCGGAGAAACUGAUUGUGAUCCGGCCUCCGACGUGCUCUACUACAGGGAGUGCCUAAGCGUCAGCUUUCGACAAGGAGAGGUCGACAACCUCGAGGGGAGAGCAUUAGCCGGGCAGCAUGUGCUCGUUGAUGCCAUCGACGAUCACAUCAGGAGGAGAGCGACGAACAGGGGUCUCCUUCGUCCUCUGCUUCCACUCGUCUACAUUGAGGAGGAUCCUUUCGUCCACCUGCGCUGCCUCUUCAUCAGAGCGCCGAGGAUCUCGGGAGGUGCCGGCGGGGUGAGCAGAUUGGAGGCGAAGCUGGGGGCCAGAGGAGGAGUCUGUGCCACAGUCGCCUGCGAGGCGAGGUCGAUCGCCCUCUUGGUGUACGACCACACUGACACUGCCGAAGCUGUGGCCAGGAGCUUGGUCCCGAGCAGUGUGCAGCUGUAUGACUCGUCCAUGUUCCCAUUCGCCGUUGUCACUGCUGGAGCAGCUGCAGCUGCCGGAGAGGAGCUGGGAGUAGGAGGUAUGAUCCCCCCCUUCUUUACUCGGCCAGAGUACAUGGGGCGCAUUGUUCAGAUGCGAGGACUCGACACGCAGCACUGCGACGCUCGCGAGGUGGCCAGCUCCAUCCACGGCCAGGACGACGGCGACUUGGAGGCUUUGAUCAUCUACAGGCAGCAGGGGCUAGUGAUCGCUGUGUUCGGCACCACGCAAGGUGCUCGUCUGCAGGCCCUCGAGUCAGACGAUAACUGGAUCAGCAUCUUCGGCCGGAAGGUGACCUGCGAGCUCGUCUGCGACCCCGCGCUCUUCACCGGUCCUCCAGCUCCGGCGCCACCAGACGAGCUGCUCCCAGUCCGAGCUGCACCUUACUCAGGCAUGCAUCCGAUGGCGAUUCAGGCAGUGCACGACCUAUACGAGGAGGAGAGGAAGGUCUGUGCUCCUGAUGAUGUCCACGCCAUUGCCGGUGUGCUUCUCAAGUUCGCUGCUCUUUCCCAGCCCGACCUUCUCCGGCUCAGCAGUUUUCCGGACAGGGCCGUGCUUCUACUGGGGAUUCAUCCGGCCAGAAACUGGGAUUACUUUGUGGCGGCUAUGAGCACGUAUGGUGGCCUUGAGGAGCUGGUCCUCUGUCCGCCCAGCAGCGCUGCUCUGGUUAUUUUCAAGUCCUGGAGCUCGGCGUCCAAGGUUUGUUGGGAGACUACAGCCAGGUGCUUGAGCUUGGGCUUCAUCGAGGGUCGGCCCGUGCCGGGAUGGGAGCGUGCUGCUCGGAUCGCCGACGAGGUACACGCACUGCUACUCCGCGUCGACGCGGCCGUCAGGAUGUGAUCACGGCAGGUCCUUUACCAUGUCUGAACUCUGAAACAGAGUAUCGACUAGGUGAUGCUAAUUUGCUCACCCUUCAGUGGAAGUAAACUGCAUAAUUCUUCACCAUGCGAGUUUGCUCCUACGGUGUAAAUUGAAUGUUCAUUUGUACGCAUAUCUUUUCAUCAUACUAGAUACUACUAAU